UUCCAUUAAUACCUUCGCCGCGGCAAUAGUCAACGAUCGCAGCGGCAGCGAUAAGCUAAGUGAACAUAUGGGAGCUAAACGGAAAUUUAAUAAAAAUUGAAACCAAUUGAAAUGUGUCUGCUUAUUGUGUUGGGAUAAAUAAAAGUAAAAGUAAUGUGAAUUCACACAUUCCAGGCAAUCUAUUACAUUCGGCAGCUGAAUGGAAAUCGCUGACGACGGCUUGAACGACAGCUAACGGCAGCGCCAUUUCGAAUUUCACUGUUCUUAUCGAAGGACAUUCUUACAAUUUUCCUAAUUUUUCUUUAAGUUCCGUUAUUUAUGUUUAAAUAAUACUAGUUAUCACUGACUGACGUAGUGCCUAAGCUAAACAAACAACCAAUUAAAGAAAAAAACUGCAUAUCCAAUAAAUUGAAGGUGAAAAAAUCGAUACAAGGUGGAGGGAAAAAAUAAAAUUAGUUCAAUGGGCGAUGUUGAUAAUGUGCGUGUGGCGGUACGCAUACGGCCACUUGUGUCUUCGGAACGAGAUCGUGGCUGUCAGGAGGCUGUGGAGCGUGUCGGUGAUUCUCCACAAGUGAUUGUGAAUCGUUCGGAUACAUUCACUUUCAACUAUGUGUUCGAUGCUCGUGAUACACAAGAAUAUAUAUAUGAUGUGAUCGUAACAGGUCUAUUAGACAAAUUCUUCUCAGGAUUUAAUGCCACAAUACUUGCUUAUGGCCAGACUGGUUCUGGCAAGACCCAUACUAUGGGCACAGCUUUUGAUGGAGAAUUGGAUGAAAAUGCUGGCGUUAUACCACGUAUUAUGCGCGAUAUUUUUGAACGCAUUAAAAAUUUAGCUAAUGAAUGUGAUUUUGUGGUAAAGUGUUCGUUUAUGGAAUUGUAUCAAGAGCAAUUAUAUGAUUUACUAUCGGAUCAGCCGCGGGAACAGGCUGUUGUUGAAAUGCGUGAAAAUCGCAAUGGCGUUAUUAUGCCAGGCUUAACAGAAAUGCUAGUUUCGUCGGCAGGCGAAACAACUGAUUGCCUGCUGCGCGGCUCGUCGGGGCGAGCUGUGGCAGCUACUGCCAUGAACGAGCAGUCAUCGCGGUCACAUGCAAUUUUCACAAUCACAGUCGAGGCCACAAAAAAGGAUGAGAUGCGCACAGUAACCACAUCGAAAUUCCAUUUAGUUGAUUUGGCUGGUUCGGAGCGUUCCAAGAAAACCCAAGCCACAGGUGAUCGUUUCAAAGAAGGCGUUAAAAUUAAUCAGGGUCUGUUAGCGUUGGGAAAUGUUAUAUCAGCACUUGGUUCUGGUCAAGGUUCAGGAUUCGUGCGUUACCGCGACUCCAAACUGACUCGUCUGUUGCAAGACUCCCUCGGCGGCAAUUCGAUCACACUAAUGAUAGCCUGCGUCAGUCCGGCAGACUACAAUGUCGCCGAGACGUUAAGUACCCUACGCUAUGCAGACCGCGCACGAAAAAUCAAGAAUAAACCAAUCGUUAACCAAGACCCACACGCUGCAGAGAUUAAUCACCUCAAAGGCAUUAUACAAAAGUUACGCGUUGAACUAUUGGCUGCAACCGGCGGCACCGCACAAAUGAGUAGCUCACUUAACGGCGCACUACAGAGCAUAUCAGCGCCACCAGGUGCCGCAACUGCCAUCGUAAACACAAGCGGUGAGAUGGUUAAGAAAUAUCAAAUACUCCAAGAGAAAUACCACACCUUGCAACGACAGUUCCAGGCGACACUGCACGACGUAGCUGAGCACGAAAUGCGUGCACACAUUACGGAGGAAGCGCAUGAGAAGCUCCAGCUAAAAAUGAGCGAGCUAAAAGUGAUUGCAAAUGAGUUGGGCAAUAGCUACAAAGUAAAUGCCACCUUGGAAGAGCAAGAAAACACUGCUGAACGCAUCAAACAAUUAAAUCAGUUGGUCGACGGUCUUGACGUGGAGUUGGAGCGCACACAAACCGAAAUAGAAAACCACAAACGAGAAACACUUAACGGCAGUGUUGGCAGUGCCGAAGACGAAGAUGCCAGCAGCGCGCUGCUGGAAGUACGCUCGCAAAUGCAGGAGCAAGCUGACGCCUACACCAAUAUACAAAUGGAUUAUAAGGAACAAUUGCGACGCAUUAACCGCGAAUUAAACCUCAAGGAGGAGCUGCAUCAACGUGUUGCUGGUAAUUUGGUGAAGUUUUGUACGCUGGAAGAUAACACCGAAGAAAAGUUUAAGGAAUGUGAGAAAAAGAUACAAGAGUUGGAAGAUGAGAGAAAUCAAUUGCUGGACAAACUGCGGCAUGUAAAAGAAAACGCCUCCGCUAAGUUAGCAGAGGAACGGCGUAAGCGCCUACAGACGCUAGAACAUGAGAUUAGCGACAUGAAGCGCAAGAACACGCAGCAAGCCAAGUUGUUGAAAGUGCGUGAGAAGGAGACGCAAAAGAUACAGAAUCUACACACUGAAAUACAAGCGAUGAAAGAAUCCAAAGUGAAGUUGAUACGCGCAAUGCGCCAAGAAUCGGAGAACUUCCGUCAAUGGAAAAUGUCGCGCGAAAAAGAGUUAAUACAGUUGCGCAACAAAGACCGCAAGCUAAAGAACGAAAUGGCGCGCAAGGAGGCGUUGCACACCAAGCAACGCAACGUCUUGAAGCGUAAGUGCGAGGAAGCGCUUGCCAUCAACAAACGACUCAAAGAUGCUCUGGACCGACAACGUGUGGCACAAUCGCAGCGCCAGAAGCCACAAACAGCAAAAGAUGCGAAUACGGCCAGCAACAAGAUCGAACAGGUCAUCUCGUGGGUGGAACGCGAAUUAGAGGUAAUUGUAACGUUCAUCGAUGCAGAACAUUCGCUUGAACAGUUAAUGGAAGAUCGCGUGAUCAUUAGCACUCGCAUUGCGGAACUACAAAAGCAGCCACCGGAAACGGGCAGUGGUGCAGCACAAGAACUGGACUCGUUGCGCGAGGAUCUCGAAAUGCGCAAUGCACAGAUAACCGAUUUGCAGCAGAAGGUUUGCUCCAUAGAUCUGGAAACGCGCAUGCGCACCCUCGCCGAGGGCAUACAAAGCGUGCCAGAGGCGCGUGCUGUGCUACGCAAAGUGCUCAAAUCGAUUUCCGAUAUGCGACGCGAACAUGCCAUACGCCUGCAGGAACAAAAGAUCGCCUUGGACGAGCAAAUUGCGCUGCGUGAGGCAGCCGAGCAAACGAGUACAGUAGCAGCGAAGCGCAUGCGUCUCAUGGAGUUGGAACACGAAGAGGCCAUAGCCGAACGUGAGAACACGUAUGAAGAGAAAAUAGCCGUGCUGUUGAGGGAAUUACAUAAUGCGCCACAGCUGGCCGUGGGCACAGGUGAUGCGCUAACACCAGAGCAAGAGGAGCGUCUGAAAAUCCAAGAGGAGCAAUUGAACAAAAUGGACACAUUGCGCGAAGAAUUGGAAUACUACAAGAAUUUGGUUAACGAAUUGCAGCAGGCGGUGCAAGCGAAGGGUACACGCAAAAAAGAGGUUUUCAAGAAGCAGGUAAAUAAACAAGAAACCAUUGAGCUUGAUGAUGGCGGUGAGGACGAUGAUGCCAUAUCGCUUUCGAGUGGGUCCGAUCAAGACGACUCUGAUGAUCCGGACUGGGCCAAGACGCCGGGCUACCGACGUAGAAAUCGACUCACCCGUCUGACAACUAGCCGGAACACUAGCACCGACACCAAUGACACCUUCACCACAGCUACCAGUCAUCCCGAGCGCAAAAAUAACACCACCAAGCGUAAGAUGGGCGGUUGCAAGUGUCGCAAGGAUUGCAUAAACAAGCGUUGCGGUUGCUUUUCACUUGGCGAUAAAUGCUCGUCGAAAUGCCAUUGUGGCGACGCUUGCAAAAAUGGCAAACACGCCACGGACAAUGACGACAAAGAGAACGAAGAGUCUGGUGCUAGCGAUGACAAUAACCAUAGUGCGCCGCCAGCCGCUGAUCGCUCAUUGGAACGCACACCGCCGAAAGCGAACCUUACCGUUAGCAAUGACGUAAGCAAAGAUGCUGAAUCUACUUUUGCGAAGCCCAACCCCGCGUAUCUCACACCUAAAAUGGCCAGAUUAUCCACGAUAUCCUUCGAUUUGCCUUCAGCCAAGAAGAAGUUCUUCGAGUGAAAAAUGUGUCAAAAAAAAUUUAAAAUGUAAAAGACUAAAUUUAUUACAAAAGUGCGCAUAUUUUAGGCGAGCAAAGGCGAAUGUCAUUAAUCAAUUUAAUCAUCAAACGCAUUCAAAACAUUUCCAUAAACGCGCGGCUAAAGCGUUCCACAUGCAUUUAGUAGUUAAUAAAUAUAAAAAUUAAAAUUGUUAUUUCGUAGGUUACGUGUAUAUUUAUAUCGAAAUUGUAUUAAUAUUAGCCAAAUGGAAUUGUUAAUGGUAAGGAAAGUAGCCUGCGCUUGCCUAAAAUAUGCGUGAUUUUGUAAGGGAAAACAACAACAACAACAAUAACUAUUUAACUAUAAUAAUCCUUUAGUUAAACAAAAAACAUAAAUACAUAUAGUUAAACAUACAUAUAGUAUAUAUAUAUAUAAAUAUUAAAUUUCUUAGUUAUCUGCAAUUUGGGCAAAUUUAAGUUAAUUUUUAAAUCUAAAACUAUUCGUUUAUAAAUAGUAAGUUACAUACAUACACAUUUUUAAAACACUGUACGUGCGCGUCCAGUUUGUUUAAUGUUUCGCAUCAUUAACUCGUUGUCACCUCACCCUAACCUCCCUACAACAUAUCCACAACUGUCAAUUUGGUCAUUGAUUUUACCGUUUCAUUGUCAGCAUUUUUGCAUUGUUAUUGUAUUUAUUUUAAAAUAUUAUUUUUCUUUUCGUUUUUUUUUUUUGCUUGUGGUGUAGAGAUCUACUACGUAUAUUUUAGUCAUAGAACAUGGCUUGAUUACUCAAGCAAUUGAUUAUUUCAUUUUUUACGUAAUAAAAAACCAUUUGUAAGUUAUAUUUGAAAAA